GAUCAUUGAACACUUGUUGAUGGUACCUCUCAUAAAUUGUUUAUCAUUUCGAUAAGCGCAGUAGGAAUUGUGUUUAUUUAAUGACAAGAUGGUGUUCAAGUGCCAGGAGGACAGUUUCCUGAAGCAGUUCAAGACGAAAAUCGUGAGCAGCGAGUUUGCGACUUUGGAUUGGACGAAACCCCAUGGAGGAGUCGAGAAACUGAAGGGCUUCAAUGUGAUCUGCGAGGACACGAUAUUAUUUCCCGAGGGCGGUGGUCAGCCCUGCGAUUACGGGACUCUCGGAGGAUUUCCGGUGAGAAAUGUCCAGAGGAAGGGCACCACGGCCGUUCAUUUUGUGGAGUCCCCGACUAGUUUCGAGCAGGAUGCAGAGGUUCUCCAGACACUCGAUUAUGCACGGAGGCUGGAUCACAUGCAACAGCACUCGGGGCAGCAUCUAAUAACUGCCCUAUUCGAUAGGGAGUUCAAGUACGACACGACCUCUUGGUCCCUGGGCUCCAGUGUUUCGCACAUCCAGCUGAGUACGCCCCAUCUGAUUAGUCGCGAAUCGCUGGACCUCAUCGAACGACAGGCCAACGAUCUGAUUCGGGAGGGCCGUGAGGUCAGUGUGGUCCUGGUGGAUCCCGAGGUGGCGCAGGAGUUCCAGGAUGCCAGAGCCCCACGUGGUCUGCCCAAGGAUCACGAGGGUCUGGCCAGGGUGGUCCGCAUCGAGGGCAUCGAGAGCAACAUGUGCUGCGGCACCCACGUCUCUAAUCUUUCCCAACUGCAGUGCAUCAAGCUGCUCUUCGCCGAGAAGGUGAAGACCAAUAUCUUCGUCCACUUCGUGGUCGGCGAGAGGGUCCUCGGAAAGCUCGGCGAGGUCUUCCAGCGCGAACAGCAGCUCACCCAAGCCCUCAAAGGUGGUCCGGGUCAGCACUUGGAGCUCGUCCAGAAGCUACAGCAGAAUGUGAAGGGCAGUCGGAAGUACUUCGUGCAGCUGCUGAAGGACUUUGCCACCGCGGAGGCCGAGCGCCUGGAGGAUCUGCCCAAGAAGGAGCGUCCCAAGUACUUCGCCCUCCAUCGACGCGAUGGCAUCGAGGUGGACUUCAUCAACACAUUCUUGAGGGUGGCGCCCGAGGGAAUCUUUUACUUCCUCACAGUUUCCGAGGGCGUUUCCGCUGGCAGCAGUGCUAAAGGACAUCUGGUGCUGCGCGGAGACCCGGAAAUAGUCGAGAUACUGGGUCCCCAGAUCGUGGAACUGCUAGAGGGCAAGGGAAACGGCAAGGAGGGCAAUUUCCAGGGCAAGAUCAACAACCUGUCGCGGUUGCAGGACUGCCAGGCUCUGUUGGAGGCACAGUUCAAACCAAAGAAGAUCAUAGAGGCCCCGCCUGCAAAUGAAGUUGAGUUGGCAAAGGAGGAAUGAAGAAAUAUUCGGUAGUGCCCCAUCCAAUAUAUAAUAUUCGUAUGGUAUUAAGAAACAUUGAUAUUCAAAAAUAAACGUUGGCUAUUUAUAAAGCAA